AUGCCUCCGAAUCAUGGAUCCAUAGAGCCGGACACCAUCCCGAUGGCCGGUCAACCUGAGAUGCCAGCGCGGCAAAAAGCCGAUCCUCCGGCAUGCGCGUGCUUCGAACGUCGGGGCAGAAAUCUCGUCGUAUGCAUCGACGGUACCGCCAAUCAGUUCUCGGCAAAGGUCGGCUUCCUGAAGGCUUCCCGCUCGUGCCAUGAUCUGCUGAACAUCCAUCGCAGAAUACCAACUGGGAUCGGCACGUAUGUUCGAGGAUCGAAGUUUUCCCCCACACGCUGGAUGCAAGCCCUUGACCACAACAUCGAUAUGGCGAUCGCUUGGCACUUCAAGCGGAUCGUCCUCAGCGCAUAUCAAUGGUUGUCCGAAAACUACGAAGACGGUGAUAGAAUAUUUCUCUUUGGGUUCUCGAGAGGCGCGUACCAAGCCCGCGUCAUCGCAGGUAUGAUUGAGUGGGGCGUUCCAAAGGUUGGCCUUCUGCACAAGGGAAACAAUGAGCAGAUCGCGUUCGCAUACGAGCUGUAUAUGGCCAUCACCGCCAUGCAAACCCGUGCGUCUACCUCAGGGAAAUCGCCCAACUCGACCGCGACGACGCCUGCCCUCGCUGGCGAGCCAAGCCCCAUGGAACUUAGUGCGCGGUUCAAGUCUACUCUUUCGCGGCGCAAUGUCAAGGUCCACUUCGUGGGUGCAUGGGAUACCGUCUCUUCUAUCGGCUUCGCGCGUGGCAAAAGUCUUCCGGAAACCACGACGGGCAUGUCCCAUGUUUGCGUGUUUAGGCAUGCACUUGCCCUUGACGAGCGUCGGGUCAAGUUUCUCCCCGAGUAUGCGAACGGCGGCGCGGGACCAAAGGAGGCACGCAGCAACAUCAAAGAAGUUUGGUUCGCAGGCUCUCAUUCCGACAUCGGGGGAGGCAAUGCGUCCAAUCUCGGUCUUGAUAAGUUCGGACCUUCGUUGCGUUGGAUGACAAACGAAGCCACGAUCUCUGGUCUCCUGGUGGAAGAUUUCCGUGGCGAGUGGCAGCUCGUGGGGAAGCCCACAAAGUCCAUGAACUGGUUUUGGUUGAUUAUGGAAUGUUUGCCUUUCACUCGGCUGUCGUACAAUCCCGUUCGCAGCGAUGUCGAGGCACAUACGACCAAUCGGCGAGUGAUGGAUGGCCAGUUGAUCCAUGAAUCUGUUUUCCUUCCGGAUCCGCAGACGUUCCGAAGGCCGGCAGCACGUCUUCCAUCGCAAAUAACGUGGGACGCCAUAGCCACGGACGUUAGUAAGGAGCGCAUAGAACCGGAUCCUUACACAUCGACGGGAGAUGUCAUUCAAGAUAUCCUACAAGGGGAGCGUUCAGCUUAUAACCGCAGGGUACUCAUGACUCUGGUAUCGUCGGAGACUGGCAGGAACAUCAUAGAACGGGAUACGGACGUGGCGCAGCUGUUCAAAGCUCUGGACUUCAUUCGUACGCGCGAUGAUAUAGAGGCGGAAGAGCGUAAGGCAUGCCUCGCCAACUGCCUCCUUGCUCUUGGCGCAUUUCGCAGUCUACCCGCCGACGACGCAGUACAAGAAUGGACGCUCGCGACUGCAAAUCUUUUAUAUCAUGAUGACAACCAGCAGAUCCGUCAGGCUUUCGAUGAACACGAUGUUCACCAGGCAGUCUAUCAGAUUCGUGCUUUGUUUCAGGACGCCGUGCGGAAGAUCAUGGACGCUCUUACGGGCGGUGAGCCGAUGUCGGAUCUUGAGCGGCGGGUACUCGCUAUGUUGUGGACGUCUGACUCUGGGAAGGAGGUGAUCACAAGGUGUUCCGACGUAAACACGCUAUUCAACACGCUCAGCGUUGUACAGAACGACGUUAGCAUGACAGUAGAAUCACGAAAGCAUCGCAGCACGGACUUGGCCAUAGCUCUCAGCGCGUUUGACCCAAGCGCUUACGCUGCUGAGAAGGACCGGGAGUUCGCCAAGUGCCUACCAGACAUCGACACGCAACGUCCGGGAAUCGGCUCCGAGUUGCUGCGUUUCAUUUCUCUACGGCUCGCGCAACAUCUGGUCGCCAAGCUCGAACGUUUGGAUCCGGACCAUGAUAUGCUCGAAGUCUUGCUAUCGUCGGGGCGAGAAUCGAUAAGGGACGCCACGGACAUUUCUCGCCUGCUAGAGUCUCUCGCUGCCGGCCGAAGCAACAAAGCAAUGCCGCUAGAGACGUGGCAGAUAUAUGUGACCGAUGUAGCGUUUGUUCUUGGCACGUUUUCCUCACUACCGAGUAGCGUAUGCCCGUAUCGCAACAGCGACUUGACGGAUCUGUUCUCCGAUGCUGAUGUGCAGCGACCUGGGGUUCGGGAGAACAUGGAUCGAAUAAGGCAGAUAUUCGGCGACAGGCUGCUCAAGGCCGUUGAGGGACAUACCAACAUCGUGUGCUCCGUCUCAUUCUCUGCUGAUGGCUCGCAAAUCGCCUCGGGCUCAGGGGACAACACCAUCCGGAUUUGGAACGCGGACACCGGAAAGGAAGUCCGCGAGCCUUUACGGGGGCACACGAGCUACGUCAACUCGGUGUCGUUUUCCCCCGAUGGAAAGCGCCUUGCCUCGGCCUCCACUGACGGGACCGUGCGACUGUGGGAUGUGGAGACAGGGCAGCGGAUCGGGCAGCCGCUCGAAGAGCAUACGAACUGGGUUUGCUGUGUCGCAUUCUCACCCGACGGCAACCGCAUCGUCUCGGGCUCAGUCGACCGCACGCUCCGACUCUGGGACGCGCACACGGGACAGGCCAUCGGCGAGCCUUUCCGGGGUCACUCUGACUAUGUUCAGAGCGUCGCCUUUUCACCGGAUGGGAAGCACAUCGCCUCUGGAUCCAGCGACAGCACGAUUCGACUCUGGGACGCCGAGACAGGCGAGCCAGUCGGGGAACCGCUGCAAGGCCACAAUAGCUCCGUUUUUUCAGUUGCAUAUUCCCCCGAUGGCACGCGCAUCGUCUCGGGCUCCUACGACAAGACGAUCCGGAUCUGGGACACUCAGACAAGGCAGACGGUGGUGGGGCCAUUGCAAGGGCACAAAAAAGACGUCAACUCCGUGGCAUUCUCGCCGGAUGGCAAGCACGUCGUCUCCGGCUCCGAAGACGGCACGAUGCGGAUAUGGGACACGCAGACGGGACAGACCGUGGCGGGGCCUUGGGAAGCUCACGGUGGCGAAUAUGGGGUGCGUUCCGUUGCGUUCUCGCCCAAUGGCAAGCGCCUCGUCUCGGGGGGUUAUGACAACAUGGUGAAAAUAUGGGAUGGAGAGGUCGAUUAG